AUGGCCAACUUCCUGAGCCCCUGGGAACGCCGCAAUGGCGUUCGCGUCCUGCUCACCAGCGACGCACUGCAACGCGUGGUUGGCACAGAAUCGGGUGUGUCGACUUCAUCAACCCCUGCGAGCCGGCCCGACUACAGCAGUUCCCGUCCUCAUAGCAGCAGUCCAACUGCGGCCGCCCUCGGCUCCCCAUCUACCUACAGGGGCUCAGCUUACGACGUGGCUUCCUCCCGGCCCGGCUCGCCCUCGCCGUGCGAACACCGCACCACUUCAGACUACCCCUCGACCUCCUCCCCUGUCCCUGCCCCCUCCGGCUUCCAAGACAACCCAACGCAAGCCCUGUCCGCGGACCGCUGGACAUCCACGACGCCAACUCACGAAGGCCACCUCGACCUGCCGACGUCAGCACACCGCACGCCUACCCAACCAACCCCCCCUCCCCGGAGCCCUUCCCCGUGGUGGUCUUCCCUGCCGGUCUACCUCCACCCGUACGUAAGCAGCGACACUGACCAACCAGAUACUAGCACUAUUAGCGCUGUUGACAGCGCCACUAAUAGCACCGCUGCUGCCCGCGACCGCUCGCCCGUCCUCGGACCGUCGCACACGCCUCCGGACCAGACAGCGUUUGAUUCUGCCUACGACUCGUUCGUCUACUGGGAUGAUGAAGGCGCUGGCACGAACUACGGCGGGUCUACGCCUCUAGACCAGACAGCGUUUGCUUCUACUUACGACUCGUUCGUCUAUUACGAUAAUGAAGGCGGCGGUAUAAACUACAGCGGGUCCACGCCUCUAGACCAGACAGCGUCUGCUUCCGCCUACGACUCGUUCGUCUAUUACGAUAAUGAAGGCGCCGGCACGAACUGCGGCGGGUCCACGCCUCCGGACCAGACCGUGUUGGCUUCCGCCUACGACUCGUUUGUCUAUUGGGAUGAUGAAGGCGCCGGCACGAACUACGGCGGGUCCACGCUGACGACGGAGUACAGGUCCGGGCCACGGGGCGGUGAUAAUAGUGUUGGUGGUGGUGGUGGUGGUGGUGGUAGCCACGGCGGCGGGGGCGGGGGGCAGAGGAGGGAGAAGGACCAGCGCUGGACGCAGCAGCAGCAGCAGUAG